ACACGCAUCGCAUUCACACGCCUGAAACCGCGCUUUGUCGACAGCCGCAUUUAAACCGUGAUACGGAAACGCGAAAAGACGCGCCGGUCGCCUCUGCUUUGAUCGCGACACUUUUCUCAUCCCGAGCCUUCUCACCGACUCGUCGCCUUCGCACGCAGACAGCCAACAUGGCCGAUUUCUCUCCUGAGUCGCCGCUCGCGGCGCAGCUGCAGCAGGUCGUGCAGCCCAAGCUAGCAGAGAACGGGUGGACAACGGGCGGCGACGAUACAACGCUGUUCGAGUACAUUCUGCUCAUGCUGGCCAACGGCAAGGAUCAGGCGCAAGUCGCCGCAGAGCUCUCGAACGACCUGCUCGACCUCGGACCCGAAAAUACCGAGACUCAAGAGUUCGCGCAGUGGCUAUUCGGCCAAAUCGACGCGUUGCACGGGCAAGCUGCCGGCGGGGCUCAGGGCGCACCUUCGACAGACCAGGCCAUGGACGGCGGCGCACCAUCGUUCGUACCCGGCGGGCAAGACACGGAUAUGGAUGGCACGUCGGAAACCCAAGAGGGCAUGUACGUCAGACCAGCAGCUUUCCAUGGCGUGCAGCACCAACUGACACAACGCAGCCCCACCGGGCCAAAAGCCAUGCGCAACGGCAGCGGCCCGCAAUCAGCGCGCGGCGGUCCUCGUAGCGGACGCAACAUGCUCAACCAGGUGAACAGACAGAUGAAUCGAAACGACGACCCGCUACAUCGCGUUCGCGGCGGCGGAGGCAUUGGUCGAAACAACCGGGAACCGCCUCGAGGCCCCCGCGGCCAGAACCUCGGUCGCGGGAUGGAAGCCAUGGCGAGCGGCAGGGGCAUGAACCAGAUUGGUAAUAUCAACGGCGCUCCGGGACCCAUGAACGGAAUGAACGGAAUGAACGGCAUGGGCAUGGGCGGCAUGCCCGGGAUGCCGAUGCCAGCCAUGGGCGGCCAAAACGGCCAGAAUGGCAUGAACGGCGGCAUGGGCCUGAACCAGCAGCAGCAGAUGGCGCUCAUGCACAUGUACGAGCAGCAGGCCCAGAUGAUGCAGCAGAUCUUCUCAGGCGCAGCACCUACACCCUACGUCAACCCCAACUUCAACAGCAGAGGAGGCCGCGGCGGGCGAGGCGGGCGAGGAGGAGGACGCGGCGGCAUGCACCAGUCCACCAAGUUCACCAAGAAGGAGGGCCAGGACGAUGCCAUGACCGACGGUCCUGCAGGCGAGAAGGGCGACGGCAUGGAGGUCGAGAACACACGGCCGGAACCCUCAGCGACCAUGUGCAAGUUCAACCUGCGCUGCACCAACCCCGAUUGCCACUUUGUCCACCAGUCGCCAGCCGCUCCUCCUGGCACGACCAUAGACAUGGGAAGCGAGUGUGAGUUUGGCGCAGCGUGCAAAAACAAAAAGUGCGUUGGGAAGCACCCCUCGCCCGCGAAGCGCCAGCAGUUCCAGUCGGAGCAGGAGUGUGCCUUCUGGCCCAACUGCCGUGAUCCGGCCAACUGCCCGUACAAGCACCCCUCGGCACCACCGUGCCGCAACGGCGCUGACUGCACAACGGCCGACUGCAAGUUUUCGCACAGCUCGGUCAUGUGCAAGUUCAGCCCGUGCCUGAACCCGCGCUGCCAGUACAAGCACGCGCCCGGACAGAAGAAGAACAACACCAACGUGUGGGUUGCACCCAAGGACGGCGAACACGUCAGCCAGAGGAAAUUCAUCGACGAGAACCAAGACGAAGAGCUCAUCAUCCCUGGCCAGAACAGCCAGGCCACCAAGACGGAGCCUGAGAGCAUGGAGCAGGAUGUGGCAUUAUAGAUAGAUGAUGAGGAAUGAUGGCAAUGGUGGAAGUGGAAGACUGCACAAAAGCAGCAAAAGAGCACAUGUACUAUAUAGUCCUGGAUAGGAUGGGCCGGACGAGGCUGCGGCUCGCAGGCGUCGGGGAACAAAGUGUGGUUUCGGCAGCCGUUGGGCUGCCUUGUGUCUCUCUACACACUCUCUUCUGGCGUGCAGUUGUGAAGUGGCCCCGAGCUUAAAGUCGUGUCAUGAUGACAUGGUGCAUAUGCACAUGGGGUACCGCAGGGCUGAGAGCUCGGACGACAUCCGAGGCGAACUUCACGGGGACGAGCACCACACAUGGGCUGCCAUUGAGCCACCGUUUGCGCCUUGCCCCGCUCCCCCACCGCCGGCAAUGCUUGUC